UAUGGAUAAACCCUGUUAUUUCAUGCAGUUAAGCAUAUUGUUUGGGGCAAGAACUAUAACUCUAGUAAUGUUAAUUCAAGGGCAAUAACUCUACACUUCCUGGUCUUGGAGCGUGCGCGUUUAGCUCUUCCUUUUAUAUUCAACUGUUCCCUGAGUCGGUCACAAAAAAUCAACUAGAGAAAUAAUCAAGUUUUAUCGUUUUAAUCGGCGAGUUUUAUUACUUUAUACCGGCAUAUUAUUACAAUAUCAUGCUGAGGGUAAGGAACCAAAGGGCAUCUAAGGCGAGAAGCCCAUACGCAGCCGUGCCAAAUGGAACAAAUACAGUUGCCUCGAGUAGUGUAUUGGCACGAGGUCGUCGCGGAAAUCGUCGAGGAGGUCAAGUGAGACAGCCCGUUCCUCCGACACAAGCGGCUCCUUCAACACCUGCGGCUCCGACGACACCAGCGACACAGGCGUCAACUGAAGCAGGCCAGGGAAUGUCACUGAGCGGGAUGAUUGGGAUGAUUCCUCACAACAUGCCGCCCAUAGUUAACCCCACCCCUGACGCACCAAGUGCGUUGUCGUCACAUGUUCCCAUGAAUCAAGUGGUCAAGAUUCCGACAGUUGGCUCCUACAGCAGACAAUUUUCCAUGUCAAAUUCCUGCUCCAUUUUGGGAGAUUAUUCAUCAACUAUAGAUCAACUGUUAGAAGCCAGUAUAUCUGAAAACUCAAAUUUAGUUUGGAUCAUUGGCUCAUCUAUUAUUCAUUGGGCACAGAAAUAUGCAGAGACCACAAAUCAGUUAAACCUUGGAUUAAACCACUUUACCAUUAAUUGGAAUGGUAGAAGGGGAAUGGUUUGGGAGUACUUGUAUACAACUGUGUCAAGUAUGUUAAUACCUAAUAAACAACCAACUAUUUUGAUAAUUCACUGCGGUGGUAAUAAUAUUGGGGACCCUCAAAAUACCCUAAAAGGUAUUCAAAAAUUCAUGAAACUAACUUUAUCUCAAAUAGCAGACCUCUUGCCAAACACUCUCAUUGUAUGGUCACAUAUAUUACCUAGAAGUAAUUGGAGGCAGUCUUUAUCAACCAUUGAAGGUGAAAACUCUAGGCGUAGAAUAAAUAGUGCCAUUGCAACAUUUGUUUUGAAAAAGCUUAAUGGUGCAUCUAUAAAAUAUCCAGAUAUCCAGAUAACUCAAAAGAGAUUAUUUAGAUUAGAUGGUGUGCAUUUGUCAGAUCUGGGUAACAAUAUAUACAUAAAUUCCCUGAAAAAUGCUAUUGUGCAGUUUGUGACAUCUUCCUCUCGCACCUAUCCUUAAAAUAUACUAGCAGAUAUAUCUCUGGCAAGUCAUGGUCCGUUUACUUAUCUAUCUUAUUAUAUAUCAUAUACAUAUAUCUGAAUCUAGAAUGUCCAAGUAUAGACAUUCUUAUGUAUCAUAUCUACAGGUGUCAUUGUUGUCAAAAUUGCCGCCUGGUAUUGGCGGAUGGUUCACGUGACAGUGUCCGUGAUCCAUUUGGCAUAAUUUUGAUUAGAAUACUGUCUCCGUGGGGCACUGUUUUUUUCCAGGCUCCUCGGGUCAAGAGAGUAUUUCUAAUAUUGUAUAUUACAUAUAUAUAUUUGAUAUAUGCUGCCAUAUUGUUUGAACGGCGCAUGUCGAGUUCAAUGUACAUGUAUGAAAUCUAUCUGAUGUACAUGUACUAUAUAUCUGACUGAUAUCUAUCUGAUAUUCAUGUACUUAUCUAAAUUUUGCACAUUUGAUUAAACGGCCAUGACAACUACGCCAAACAAACAAAAGUCUAUUUAGUUUUGUAUAUACAUCAGGGUAAAUAUCUGAAUCAUAAUUGUCUGUUGUUUUGAUAUUGGUAUUAGCUAGAAACAUGAAAAGCAUAUUUAUUUGGGCAAAGGUCAUGAAAUAAUUAGGUUUAUCAAAUAUGGAUAAACCCUGUUAUUUCAUGCAGUUAAGCAUAUUGUUUGGGGCAAGAACUAUAACUCUAGUAAUGUUAAUUCAAGGGCAAUAACUCUACACUUCCUGGUCUUGGAGC